AAUGCUAUAUUGUGUUUUCGCUGUAAAACACUUAAGAAAUCGGAAAUAUUGGCUGGAAUCACAAGAUGCCUGUCUUUCAUUUGCUGUACACCAUGUAUUUUUCAGAAAUGUUUUAUGAUGAGUAUUUAGGUAUUUGACGUUGGUGUCUGUAAUUACUCUGGCUGCUUCGGUGCUAUUUCUGACGGUAGCUGUGAUGGUAGCUGCAAUGUAAAACUGAUUUAUAGCUCAAAUAUGCACAUUUUUCGAACAAAACAUAGAUUUAUUGAAUAACAUGUUAUAAGACUGUCAUCUGAUGAAGUUGUUUCUUGGUUAGUUUGGUUGGUUCUUGGUUAGUUAGGUUGGUUUUGUGCAUGCUACCUGUGCUGUGAAAAAUGUCUGUCCUUUUUUGUAUUUGGUGGUGAGCUAACAUAAAUAUACGUGGUGUUUUCGCUGUAAAACAUUUAAAAAAUCGGACAUGUUGGCUGGAUUCACAAGAUGUUUAUCUUUCAUUUGCUGUAUUGGACUUGUUAAUGUGUGAAAGUUAAAUAUUGCUAAAAAAUAUAUUUUGAAUUUGGCGCCCUGCACUUGGACUGGCUGUUGUCAUAUUGAUCCCGACUUAGGGCUUGCAGCCAUAAGAAGUUUUAAGAAGUUAUUUUGCCACUUUAGUGAUACAAAUCUUAUCAAAACAUAUAGGCCUAUUGGCUAGGCUACAUUAUUGAUUUAAUCUUGUCUUUACAUGUACUAUAUAAUAUGUGUGUGAAAUGUAUUUGUUUUGAUUUAGAAUAGACCAUUAUCAUGCACCUGUCUAGAAACGGGUGCAGCGGGAAAAAAUGCAUAUCAUCUAUGCACUUAAAUAGUGAAUGGAGGAUGCUUUUCCUGUGGUUCAUUUUCAUGCCAGCAAGGUAGGCAAUACUCUUGUAAAGAUUAACAAUGUGCUUAAUGUUAGGAACGCUGAGAAAAAUAAAUAGUAGGCCUAGCCUAUAGGAAGCUGAUGGGAUCCUCCUCUUUUUAAUCGAGGCUAUCACUCUAUUUUCUCACGCAAUUGCAUAGCCUAUAGAAAUGUUGCUCAACAUGGGCUCUCAUUAAGUGUUUGAUUUAGAUUUUUGAUUACAUUUGCAUUGAUGUCAGAGUGAUUUAGAGGGACAAUAGAGUGAUGAGUACCAGGCAGUUAGCAAGUUUGGUAGCCUACUAAUGACCAGCAGCACCAUCAGAACUUGGAGAAGCCUAAUUACCGUGACUAAUGGUAUUCAUGACUCGUGACCGCCGGUGUGGUGGUAAUACAGUCACCGCAACAGCCCUAGUCACUAUGUUGUUGAUCCAUCUUCAGUAUUCUCCUAUCACAACCAUUGAACUCUGUAGCUGUUUUAAAAACACCAAUGGCGUCGUGGUGACAUCCCUAAGCUGUUUCCUUUGUAACGCAACAAAAUGUGAAAAAAGUUCAAUGUGGUGUGUCAUGACGUUGGCCUGUGGGUAAGGUUUAUGACCCCCCCCCAUAAAUACCUUUCUCCCUUCCCUUUCUCUUGACUCUACAGAGGGACUCUUGAAUAGCCUUUGUUAAACAUAGAGAGUCUGCAAACAUCAAACAAGUGGAGGGAAAGGAACCAUAUUUCGGUAAUAGAACCAGUUGAAAAUAUGCGUUGGUACUUAAUGAAUAUGAUGUCAGUUCGGUUGUCAUCUGAGACAUUAUGACUGAUGACAGGACGACCUAAACUGUAUCUGGGAAAGUCUACACAUUAUACUUAUCAGAUUCACAUGGAAUUGUUGUGCAAUUCAAAUGUUUAAAUAUAACAUUAUUUGUGAAAAGAUUAAAUGUAAUUUUAGCUUCCAAAUGAGAGAUUUGGGUUUUCAUAAGGUUAGAGCUCUGCUCAAUCAGUGGCCCGCCCCUGUGAAGAGACAUGGGUUAUAAACUAUGAAACACACCCUUCUCCCUCCACUAUAUAAGCCCUUGACGAAAAUGUAACCUCCUGUUCCGGGUACAUUAGGAUGACGUUCCGAUGUCAGAAGGAUUCAGAUAAUAACUACAGAACGAAGCCAACCUCAGCGUGAGCUUUGGUUGCAAAUGGUAUGAACUUUGAAAUCUUAUUCGCUACAGAAGGGAUACCUCCUAGCCGUUGAGUUAGCAGCGGCCGCUGUAAACGUGGGCUAGGAAAGGACGGACAGAGUAUCCCGUCUACCACACAACGACGACACUACAAUGUUUCCCGUUCACCACCAGAGACACUCUUCAAAGGACUCUGUUGGGCAACACGGCCUUCCAUCUACCACCAACCUAUUGAAGCGCAGCUCAGAGUAAAUAUUUAUUGCAUUUUCCUUUUCCAAAUGGGCGGUAAUUUAGAAUGUAUAAGAUUCUGUAUUUACGAUAGAGUAGCUGCCUACGGCCCGAUAGAGACAUCGCUUCUCCCUUUGUUCUUCAGUCUUCCCGCUCUUUCACUCAAACCCAACACCCUUUUCUUUGUGUAACCAGCUGUCAUAUCUGUUCCGUCCGCUAGGAACGUUUUCCUUCAUGACAUAAUUUGUAAUCAAGGUAUGAUUCAUUCUGUGUAUAUGUAAUUCUGUGUGAUUUAGUUAGGUAUUUAGUAAAUAAAUAAUUAAACCCAAUUUUGUAUUGCUGAUUCAACUUGUUAGCCAGGGUUCGUGAAGAUGACCAAGAAUUUAUAACUUUCAGAUGAGACUGAAAUAAGGUGACGAUUAAUAUUGGCUGCUAUUGAUGUAAAAUAUUACUAGGUCUUUAAGAGUUUAUUCGGAAGAUAACUGCUCUAUAAAUAUUAUUUUGUGCUGCCCCGACUUUCUAGUUAAUUACAUAUACAUGAUUAGCUCAAUCAGGUAAUAUUAAUUACAGAGAAAGGAUUUUAUAGAAUAGCAUGUCCUAUCACUUAAUCCGGCAUAGCCAAAGACACGACAGGUGUAUACUUUAUCUAGAUACGUAUCGAAUAGUCUGGAAAGGGAAAUAUGGAUAUCCCUACUCAUUGGCUUUACACACUGUCUGGCAUUAGGGCUUUUGUAAUUACUUGCAAUCUUUGCCUUCAUCAAUGAAUAUCACCAGAUGUUUUUUCUACACCAGUGUUUUUUGGUAGGGUAUGGAGGAGGUGAAGAAGCAAUUUGGUCAGCACAUCGAGGUCGAGCCUGAAUGGAAGGCUGGGUUUUCUAUCCAGAGACAGCUACGACACAUCCUUGUCAUGUUCCAUGGCUGGUGUUCAUCUGAUGAGACAGUUCUUCUUCUGUCCUUCAAGGAGUGUCACAGGGCACUGACGCUCUGCAGUAACCAACCCUUUCACAGCAAGGCCAUAGACUACUACAUGUGCAAACACAUCCUCCAUGUACGCCCCUACAAGGUGUCCCAGGAGCCUGUCAGCAUACACCUGCUCAUCUCCCGGGCGCUUGCUGGCCUGUAUGUACAGCUGUGUAGUACAGGGACAGUCAAACGCCUCCACCAAUAUGUGGAUCCGGAGAGCUGUGACUUCACCUGGUUUGCUGAGCACCCUCUGCGCUGUGUGGUGCUGGCUGCCCAGGCCUCAGCUGAGAUGUGGCGCAGGAACGGCCUCUCGCUCGUCAGCCAGGUGGAAGGCGGGAUGGUUUUGAUGGGCUUGUGGUGUCAACUGUUGCUAAACCCCUAACUUUUCAGGGAUUGAAUUCACAUUUUGUUAUCGCUGUCAUGUCAGUUAGUGUGUCAGUGUAUGGUUAUUUGUAAUUUGUAGGUGUACUAUUAUCAAAAUGUAAAAUGCAGGGAUGAGAUGUUUGACAAGGAUGUCAUCAUGCUACAGGUUAGUGUUUAACAGCUGCAACGUUGUCCUGCACUCACCUGCUUUUUAUUCUAUAGAGUCUCCUGACUACCAAUGCGUGAUUUAAUCCUCCUCUUUUUUUCAGAGUGCUGCUUCCUAAAUGGACGCCAACCACUUCAUCAUGCUGAUCUUGCAGAGAUUUGACCUCUUUGAUGUGUUCAAUGGAAGUCACUUAAGCAAAGACCAAGAACUGCUGAAACAGUGGAACCGGUUAACAAGAGAUGUUCUACCUGAUCAUUGUUGGUACAUACCUAAGCUGCUUUCUAAACAACAACAUCUCUACUAAAGUAAUUGUCUCCCCGGUGCUGGAGAACUCCUAGUGUAUAGUUAGUAAGUUUACUAUGUCUAGUGACAUCACGUUGGCUAGAUGUUAUCGAUUUGGUUGAGAUGAAGAUCACUUUAUUGGUCAAUUGCACACAAGGUCCAACUCAAAUUUGACUUCCGCUUUAAACCCAACCCCUCCGAAAGACACGUAUACAUAUACAGGUUUUGGAGGGAUGCAGGAGGCUGCCACACUGGGUGCCCGGGGAGCUGCUGUUGUGGGGGGUUAAGUGCCUUGCUCAGGGGCACAAUGGCAUCUAGGAUUUGAUAGCUCACUUCCCCCCAGUUCGGAUCCAGGAUUUGAACUGGCAACCCUCCGGUUGCUGCCUCACCUCUCUAACCGCUAGGCAACCUGCCGUCUCAUUCUGUAUGUCAUCUCCCCAGGGGAGCGGUAUGUCCCAGGGAUCAGUCAGGUGACCAAAGAUGAUGUGAAGAUGAGGGAAGUGAUUAGGGUUGCACAUUUUGGGAAAUAUUCAGAGGUGGAAACUUUCCAUGGGAAUUAACAGGAAUAUAUGAAAAUUACUAUUAAUACCAUUUAAAUGUAUAUGUUUUUUGCAUUGGAUAUAUUUACCAUAUCAUAUGGAGACAGAAACAUAAACCUUUUACCUUAUCAUAAGUAGACAAUUGCAAAUGAUUAAAUCCUUCCAAUAGAAAUAAAAAAAACAAUUUAGUUACGAAUUGAACUUUAAUUAAAUGAUUUGACUUCACAUGAGAUGAUUUUACUGAAAAAAAGGGAAUAUUGAAUGAUCCCCAAUUAUCCAUCGCAUAUCCCCAAAACCUUUUCAACAUAUGUGAAAUGAUAGUCUAGAAACUAAAGCUUUGGUUGUCUUCCUCUCAGGCUUCCAUGUCUUCUCCCUGGACCUCCUCAAUGUCCACCUCUUGAACAUCAGACUCUGAGGCCUCAUCUUCACUGUCACUUUCCAACCUUGUUGAGGAUGGCUCGUUGUCAGGCUCAAAAAGCCUCAAAUUUGCCCAGAUUUCCAGCAAUUUUUCAAUCCUUGUAUUGGUCAGCCUGUUGCAUGCUUUGUUGUGUGUUCCCAAACAAGGACUAGUUGCGCUCGGAGGCAGUUUAUGUUGGUGGGAUUUGGAGGAUGAGGGAGGGGAAAGGGCCUAAGAUCCACAAAGUCCCUUCCACCAGGUGGCUGAUGAGAUAUGUUGGCAAGACUGCCAUAUUGCAUCUCCAUCCCAAAGCCCUUGCUUGGAAGUGUACUUCGCCAGACUGCCAAGAACCUUGCCCUCAUCCAGGCCAAGGUGGCGAGACACGGUAGUGAUGACACCAUAGGCCAUCUGCAAGCAGAGUCCCAUUUUAUGGGAGGGUACAUGAAAAAGAAUAAUCGCUAUAAUAAUACACUUGAUAUUUGUACAUCAAACUUUUCAGGAAAAUGAAGUUUUGUGCAUAUAUUGUAUGGUUUUGUUUUCCCUAAUUUACGUUGCAUGACAUUGUAUGUUAACAAGGCUGUCUGAAUAAAGACGCUGUUGUCUAGAUGAUGAGUUAUUGUGCCCUCUGUGUCUGUCUGGGAAUAAGACCAGAAAUGCUGUGAUUGUUCAUCAGUUUCUGCUUACUCUUCAGUGUCUGAAAGGAGAGUCGAUCACAAAAAUAAAAUGACUUGAAAGUACUUAUAUCUUAUUAACACUAUCACGUCGUAUGUCAAGUCAUUGACUUGCACAAUGGCAUCAACUCCCAUUUUCCUAUUAUGCAGUGCCCUUAACUCAUGUUUCCUGCAAGAAUUACCUACAUGUAUAAUUCCCACUUUACUACUAAGCUCUAAUAACUACUCUUCCUGGCAGCACUUGACUGUUGUAAGUAUUUCUGCUGCAGCUAUAAUACUGUUGAUUGUUGCUCAGCACCUGUGCUGUCUAAUAAAUCAGACUUGCUAAUAUGA